UUGCGUGGUUUUUUUGUGGUUCACGAUAAAUAGUUUUGCCUGACUGAAAAGCUCACAUAUAUGACAUAGUGUAAAUCACAUCUCUCUGUUUGCCUAAAGCAACAGAAACUGAUCAUUUGGAUGUAUAUUUUAUUGGAGAGCAGCAAUAAACUGCAUUGGACAUCCUAUCUUGAGUGAUCAUUAGCCGAGGGCCCCACCGUGACGUGUGACGUAGAUAAUUACUCCAUACGAUAUACAGGUUAUUCAGAAAAAGAAAGAUCGAAAAUUAAAGAGAGGUGAACGCAUGCGAAAGGGUGUUAAAAAAAGACAUGACGAUUUGGAUGCCGAUCCUGAAAAUCCAGAGGAACUUGAGACAUGCCUUCUCUCGGAGGAGAAGCGAUGUCGAAGUUUGGAAGACCUGCGAAGUACGGAGCCAGAAAGUAGAGAACUGAAAGAAUUUGUGCGGAUAAAUAGUAUCCGGAAAACAAAAAGUGUUGACGAUAUCCUGCGAGAACAGCUUGAGGAAGUUAAAGAAGUAAUGCAUCUAAAUCUUGUGAAAAUUCGCGACAGGAAUGGGAAACUGGACGAUCUAGUUGAAAAGGGAAACAUGUUAACUGGUUCAUGUCAACAGUUUAAGGUGGUCAGCAAUAAAGUUAGACAGAAGCAAAACCUGAGGCUGUGGAGGACCCGCAUCCUUGUAGCGGUUGCUGUUGCGGUUGGCAUUGUGGUGCUAAUUGUGGUGAUUGUGGUAGUGGUGGUGUCGCAACAAGAUGAGACGCCACAAACAAAUCUAUAUUUGGGUUCCUUCAACCAUGGACCAUCGAAUAAAACGUCCUAGUGCGCCACUGGGGCUUCAUCAUUGGAGUUUUUCUGGCCAGAAUACUUACUGCAUUUGUUCAUCAAUUGUGUAGAAGGCGGAUGGAUGUGGAAUUAAUGUGUGUUGUGCAUUCCAUUCGUAUAACUUUUAUGAAGUGAUACUCAAAAUUUGGUAUUGAUGCCAAAAUCUCCAUUAUUUUCAAGACGUCUGGUUGAAGUUUGAAGAAAUACUUAUGUUUGUAAUAACAGUUCAAAAUUUGAUGUCCUUGCAGAAUUGCAAACUAGGCCUGUUUAACCCGUCGCCAUAUAGGUCAUUCGAAAGUCAUUCAAAUGGAAAAAAAAAUGAUAUCAAAUGUUAACUAUCGCACUACAUGCUUCUGAUUUUUUCCCAACUUUGCUUUGUAUCAACGUCAUUUGGAUAUUUUUUUAUUUUAAAGAAAAAUGCUCGCACUAUGCAAAAUCAACAUCGGGUAGAACACUUUAAAAUAACUAAUGAAAAACCCACCUUAUCAUGACAUCAUGAAAUAUAUGUAUAUACGUACUACGCAUUAUAAUAUUAAAAGAACUAGUUCAAAACUUGAAAAAAAAAGAAAACAUUUGACUAGAUACUUAUAUGAAACAUGAAUCAACGAACAAAAAAAAAAACGAAAAAAGAAGACGUUAGGUUACUAAGGUUAGUUAACCUAAUUAAUGAACAACCUAUGAAGAAUGCAACACAGUUUUAGUGUUGAACAUCUGUUAAAGAGUGAAUAAAGAGUGAAUAAGCAUCCAGCUUGGUAUGCAAAUGUUCAUCCUCAGGUAAAAUAACUUUCCACACGUUAACCACAUGUGCACUUUCUAAAAGCAUUAUUUUUAUUUCAUCACUGUCAGUAACUGGUAUAUCGACAACCCGCCUAUUUUCUGUAAAAGACGUUGGUUCUCAUAAUUAAUGAAGUAAUUUUCCAGUUGAAAAUGAGUUAUAAUCUAUAAAUUAUUUUUUAUUAAUUGUUUACUACUGAAAUUAGAAAAUACAAACACAUGUAUAACAUAUAAAGAAUACUAGUAUUCAAUAAGUGGCAUUGAUGAGAUAAAUGAAUUAUGACUGAAAUUUUGUUAGUUUUUUUUUUUAGAUGUAUGUGAAACAGUUUUUACAUUCCUUCAUGUUGCUGAGAAUAUUAUCAAUAAUGAGAAGCAAAUAAUUCUCAAAUUUUAAUCUGAAUUUGAAGCGACGUCACUGGAAGAUGUAAUAUAACAUCGCUCAGAACUAAACUGCCAAACCGAAGGUCACGAGUUUAAAUCUAAUAAAGAUUUCUUUUUCUUUUUUUAUAAUUAUACUUUAUGUAUCUAUGAAUUUUAAAGUAUAAAUCCAACCCCACCAACACAUCAAAUCAUGCAAAUUUUUUUAACCUACUCCUCCAAAAACAUAUCUGUAAAACUCUGACAGUGUUUACUAGUUUGAAAAAAGAGAAAAUUUCCGAGUGCGUUAAGCCUUUAUUACCACUAUUACCGCUACAGGGUACAUUAUUAUGAUAAGAUGGGGGUACUUGAUAAGGCACUGUCCGAUCUCAACGAGGCCACUUAUAAACCAAGGGGGUAUAGGAAAAAAUCUUAAAAUUAGAAUAAAAAAUUCCCCGGGUAAAAUAUCGAAUAAAUUGACCAUAAGUUCUCACGAUAUAUUAACAGCGUAAAUUUUCACGUCCCGGUUAUACUGCGAAUUGACCGGAACAAGAGAGGAGUGUCGAGAUGGAGAAAGUUUCGAUGUUUAUCAUUGCCUUCUGUCUGGUGCUUCAGUUUUAUGACGUCUCGUCGUCUGCAGAAGAUCUGGAUGAGAAGGAACGUAGACAAUACGACAUGCUCCGCAACAAGGUCCAUGAACUUAUCAGCGCUGCCAAGAGCUUCGAUCGUCGCCAGGAAUGCGAGAAUCGUGUGACUGACUGCGACUCACACACGACCGGUCACUGGCUAUCUCGCUGUAUGACCAACUACUACAACCAGAACUGCUGCGCCUGGUGCAUGGCGGCCUCCCAAAUAGUCAUCUCCUAAAUCGCUGCGAUAUACCAGUUGCUGUUGACAAAUCAAAGAACCUAUCAAGAUGUGUAUAGGCGUUUUUAUGUUGUAGUUUAAUAGAUUAAAUCUUUGUUUUGCAUGA